AUGAUGAAAGGUGUACAAGGAAAGAAGCUCUUAUGGACCAACAUUCUGUGCAUCCUUAUACUUCAAUGCCUUGAUCUCACAACCGGUGCUAAGGUUCCCGCAAUCAUAGUAUUUGGGGACUCCUCCGUGGAUGCAGGAAACAACAACUUCAUAUCAACUGUUGCUCGCAGCAACUUCCAGCCGUAUGGACGCGAUUUCAUGGGCGGGAAGCCAACGGGGAGAUUCAGCAACGGAAGAAUCGCAACUGAUUUUUUAUCAGAAGCAUUUGGAAUCAAACCGUAUAUACCAGCAUACUUGGACACUAGCUAUAACAUCUCACAGUUUGCUACUGGUGUCACUUUUGCUUCGGCUGCUACGGGAUAUGACAACGCCACUUCAGAUGUCUUGUCUGUUAUACCAUUAUGGAAGCAAUUGGAGUACUACAAGGAGUACCAAAAAAAGCUAGGUGCCUAUCUUGGAGGAAAAAAGGCGAAAGAGACAAUUGCGAAAGCAGUUUACAUAAUAAGUCUAGGAACAAAUGAUUUUCUAGAGAAUUACUACACAAUUCCUGGUAGGGCAUCUCAAUAUACACCAAGAGAGUAUCAGAAUUUUCUAGCUGGAAUAGCUGAAAAUUUUGUUCAUAAACUUUAUGGUCUUGGUGCUAAGAAAAUAUCCUUAGGAGGUUUACCUCCAAUGGGAUGCUUGCCUUUGGAGAGAACCACAAAUUUUGCUGGUGGGAAUGAUUGUGUGUCUAAUUACAAUAACAUUGCGUUGGAGUUCAAUGAUAAACUUAAUAAGUUGACCGUGAAACUGAAGAAGGACCUUCCUGGGAUCAGAUUGGUGUUUUCGAAUCCGUAUGAUAUUUUGCUCAGUGUUGUUAAAAAGCCAGCACAAUAUGGGUUUCAAGUGACUUCGAUGGCGUGUUGUGCUACUGGAAUGUUUGAGAUGGGAUAUGCAUGCAGCAGGGCUAGUAUUUUCAGUUGUAUGGAUGCUUCUAGAUAUGUAUUUUGGGACUCAUUUCAUCCAACAGAGAAAACAAAUGGCAUUGUUGCAAACUACUUGAUGAAGAAUGCAUUAGCUCAGCUUUUCCACUAG